AAGCCUCCCAGGGAGAAAACAUAGUGCAAAUGCCGAAAAGAUGGAUAGAUGGAAGAUUCCUCAGAGUGUGCACUAUAGGUGUGCAAUGGGUCUCCAGUAUAAGUUGCAUCAUGGCAGAGGCGAGCCAGGAGACAGAUGGCCUCAGAUCCUCAGUGCCGGCUGAGCUCCACCAUCCCCACUCUAAGUACUCUCAGUGGAAGUUUAAACUGUUUAGGGUAAAGUCCAUAGAGAAGGCCCCUCUGCCCAGUGAGACACAACCUGAAAAAGGAGCCUUGUCAGGGAUCUCGCCUCCUGCAGCUCCAAAUAUAGAGGAAGAUAAUGGUGUGGGUCCGGGGAGUGUUAUGAGAUUGUGUCUGGGGGGGAAAAGCAAAGAAAAUGUGGAGGGUCCAGGCCGGAGGGUAGAUGUGAAGCUCCAGGAAAUGGACACCCACAUGAACCACCUCAGGUGUCUGUGUCGUCUAUGUGGAAAAGCUCUGAGGAAAGUCAAAGGACCGGUGCAUGAUGUUCAAGCGGCUCUAGAAAAGUCAAGCAUUAGUGGCUUUCGUAAAAUGGGCUGCAAAUUCACAAGCUGGCCCGAGAUCAUCUUGAACGUCUUUAAAGUGGAUGUGAGAGAAGAUACAGAAGCCAUUCAGCCUGUUUCUUUCUGUCAUCGCUGCUGGAUGGUGGCGAUGCGAGGAGGCGGUGUUUGCAGCUUGGUCCCAGUGAGAGUCCCAGAGUGGAAACCACACUCUUCACUGUGCCACCUUUGUUUCCCCAAAAAGACUUCGUUCCAGAGAACUGGGAGGAAGAAGAGGAAAGCCCUUCCCAGAGCUCAUAGCUUAGCUAAAAGGGCCAGGUGGGAACACAGUGACAGUAUUGCCAUUGGUGACAACAGAGUUUUGAGACCAUUUGGAGAACUAUACCAUAGUCCAGUGGCCAAGGGCUGGAAAAAAACAGGUAUCCAAAGAGCUCAGUGGGUACGGAACAUCACCCACUGCCAGAAAGACCACCUGAGUACCAAGCUGAUAUCCGAGAGGCUCCCUGUUGACUUCCUUGUUUCUUUCACCUGCUUGGUGUGUGACCACCUGCUCUCUGACCCAGUUCAGUCUCCCUGUGGGCACCUCUUCUGCCGCAGCUGUAUCAUAAAAUAUAUCCAUGUGCUGGGACCUCACUGCCCGGCCUGCAACCUGUCCUGUACGUCUGAUGACCUAAUCCCACCUGCAAAAAUCUUUUUAUCAGCCUUGCAUUCUCUGCCUCUGCUCUGCCCCAGAGGCAGCUGUGGACAGCAGGUAAAGCUCGACUCAUUUAAGGCUCACUGUCUGCAUCACGACUUAGAUGACCAGAAUCCAAAGCAGUCAUCACAACUUGACUACCUGCUAAUCAAUAAAGGGGGAAGACCCCGUCAACACUUGCUAUCUCUUACUCGUCGUGCACAAAAGCAUCGGCUGAAGGAACUGAAGUGCCAGGUGAAGGCGUUUGCAGACAAAGAGGAAGGUGGCGACCUGAAGUCUGUGUGUCAGACGCUGUUUCUACUCGCACUGAGGUCUGCAAAUGAACACCGACAGGCAGAUGAGCUGGAGGCUCUAAUGCAAGGCAGAGGCUUUGGUUUGCAUCCUGCUGUGUGUCUGGCCAUCCGGGUCAACACUUUCCUGAGCUGCAGCCAGUAUCACAAAAUGUAUCGGACUGUCAAAGCCACCAGUGGCCGCCAGAUCUUUCAGCCUUUGCACACCCUCCGAGCUGCAGAGAAGGAGCUGCUGCCUGGCUUUCACCAGUUUGAAUGGCAGCCAGCUCUCAAGAAUGUGUCUACAUCUUGCAAUGUUGGCAUUAUUAAUGGGCUUGCUGGAUGGACUUCUACAGUGGAUGACUCCCCGGCUGACACAAUCACACGGCGCUUUCGCUAUGAUGUGGCACUGGUAUCAGCAUUAAAGGAUCUGGAGGAGGACAUCAUGGAAGGGCUGCAAGAGAGUGGGAUGGAAGACAGUGCAUGCACCUCGGGCUUCAGUGUUAUGAUCAAAGAAUCAUGUGAUGGAAUGGGUGAUGUGAGCGAGAAGCACGGUGGAGGACCUGUUGUUCCCGAGAAGGCUGUUCGUUUCUCUUUCACGAUUAUGUCUGUGUCUGUCAAGGCAGAAGGAGAGGAGGAGGUUAGCAUCUUCACAGAGCCAAAGCCAAACUCAGAACUGUCUUGUAAGCCCCUCUGCCUCACAUUUGUGGAUGAAUCCGACCACGAGACACUCACAGCUGUCUUGGGGCCCAUAGUUGCAGAGCGUACUGCUAUGAAAGAGAGCAGGCUUAUCAUAUCCAUAGGUGGCCUCCCUCGGUCCUUCCGCUUCCACUUCCGAGGCACAGGAUACGAUGAGAAGAUGGUCCGUGAGAUGGAGGGCCUUGAGGCUUCGGGUUCCUCUUACGUCUGCACGCUGUGUGACACCACUCGAACAGAGGCCUCUCAGAACAUGGUGCUGCACUCCAUCACCCGCAGUCAUGAUGAAAACCUAGAACGCUAUGAAAUUUGGAGAACCAACCCUUUUUCAGAGUCCGUAGAUGAACUGAGAGACAGAGUCAAAGGGGUCUCUGCUAAACCAUUCAUGGAGACCCAGCCUACACUGGAUGCAUUACACUGUGACAUUGGUAAUGCUAUUGAGUUCUACAAAAUCUUUCAGGAUGAAAUAGGUGAGGUGUAUCGAAAGGUCAACCCUAGCCGGGAGGAACGACGCAGCUGGAGGGCAGCUUUAGAUAAACAGCUGAGGAAGAAGAUGAAGCUUAAACCAGUAAUGAGGAUGAAUGGGAACUAUGCCCGCAAGCUAAUGACCCAGGAGACUGUGGAGGUGGUGUGUGAGUUGGUGCCCUCGGAGGAGAGGAGGGAGGCCCUGAGGGAGCUGAUGAGGCUCUACCUGCAGAUGAAACCUGUGUGGCGUGCCACCUGCCCUGCAAAAGAAUGCCCUGACCAACUGUGCCGCUACAGCUACAACUCCCAGAGCUUUGCUGACCUUCUUUCCACUACAUUCAAAUACAGGUACAAUGGAAAGAUAACCAACUACCUGCACAAGACCUUGGCUCACGUCCCUGAAAUCAUAGAGAGAGAUGGAUCCAUAGGAGCCUGGGCCAGUGAAGGAAACGAGUCAGCAAACAAACUCUUCAGGCGUUUUCGGAAAAUGAAUGCACGCCAGUCCAAGGCCUUUGAGCUCGAGGAUGUGUUGAAACACCACUGGCUCUACACUUCCAAGUUCUUGCAGAAGUUCAUGGAGGCUCACAAGGACUCUGUUAAAGCUCUGCAAGCCACCUUUGACCCAGUGGAGACUCGGGAAGAUGAGGAUUUGUCUCUGGACUUUAAUGAUUUUUGAAGUGUUUAGAUUUGAUUAAUUUCAUGUCAGUUGCUUCAUAAACCUGUAUGUGUACGAUAGACUAGUUCAAUAAGUACAAUAAAAUGUAAACAAUUCACAUUCAACAUAACUCUUACAGCCCAAAUUAACAUUAUUUUCAUAUUUCCUUGUGUCUAUUCUACUAGAUUUGAUUAUUUGCAUUGCAUUUAGUUGUUGCUAAAAGUUGCAAAACAAGUAAACUUGCAGUGUUGCUCUUUUAGCUCUUAGUUACUUACUACAGAGCGGAUAUGGGACAGCAGAAGAAUAUAGAUAUUUUUCCUCGCACUUAGCAGGAAAGCUCUUUUUUUGUCUUCACCUUCUGUGAAAUAUGGUGCAGUUUAUUGUAUUGCAAGGAUAUGACACAUUUAUGAAUUUAUAUAGAGAGGAUAUUUAUGGAAACAGAUGAAAGCGCUGUAAGUCAUGGAGGGAAAUUGUGUUAAAAAGACCACAUUUGUGGCCACUGUAUUAAUAUAUCAUUUGAGCUGGAACAAAAUGCAAUCACGGAGACCCAAAUGUUCUUUGUUUCAUGAGUGCCCUCAGAAAAAGAUUACUUUAGUGCUUUAUCGUGGGAUCCCUGAGGGGCAGAAUAGAUGCCAGGUCACUUUGAACCAAUUUUUAUCUCUUUUAGUUUUUGCACAGUGGAGGAUAGAUGAUACUUAUUUGAAUUCAUCACAUAAAAUAAGGCAUAUACUGACCUUUUUGUUGAUACCAUAAAAAUACAGUAUGGUCCAUUACAAGGCUUAAUACCCCAUGGACUCUCAGGCAGCCUGGGAUUUUUCUUAAGUUCUCAGCAUAACCUGGUGCUUUUUCUUUGCUGAUAUUUUUUCAUUGCUGUGGCUGACAGUGGAGAGGGAUGAGGAGCGACUAAAAAGACCUGAUGUAAAACCGAUUUGUUGGCAUCUUUGUUUGAUUGAUUUAUUGUAUUGUCUUUUUCUGCCCUCACUAUUUUCAAUAGUGACAGGCAAUUUUGUUUUUCUCAUUUGACUGCAUGUUUGAUUUCAUUUUUCUAUCUUAAUUUUACCUCUGUGACAGCUCUGAGAUAUUCAUAUUUUGCUGGAUAGUUGUUACAGUCCUUCAACAACAUGGUGUUUUAGAGUGCAUUACACUGAAACAUGCCGCAUAUUUGCUUUUUGCUGUAAUGAAUUGUAUUUCCAAAAUAAUGGAUGAUGGAUGAUUCAUAAGAUUCCACUUGUUCACCUUUCCACAUGCAUUUCCUCAUUUUGUUUUUCCAUACUACACUAAAUAUCAGAUAAACUGUUCACUGGGGUAGCAGAGAACAUUCAGUAGCAUGUUUAUUUUGCAUCAUGGCACAGUAUUACAAUAAGAUUCCACUACUUAUAACAUUUUGUUUAUAUGCUGUUGUGCAAAGUAUACAGAUGUUUCUACCAUAUCAUCUGUAAAAAAAAAUAAUUGCAUUUUGUUGUAUAUUGUGGAAGAA